GGCGGGAGGAUGCCUCGCGCCCUGCCUGGGCGCCAACGGCUGGAUCGGGUCCUGGGCAGCGCCGGGGCCGCCGGGGAGCCGAGCCCGUGCUGACCAGGGCCGGGGCCGGAUGGGCGCUGCGGGCCGGGGCGCGGACCGCCGAGCGGCCCUGUGUGGAACAACGGCGGCUCUUGUGUGCAUUUUCCAGUGUUUCUUUUGUCAGAGAAUCCAGCAGAGCCACAGCUCUGCCAGUGCCAGCCCCAGGCUGAGUGAGGAUUGCCCAGCAGAGAUGGUGAAGAUGACCAAAUCCAGAACUUUCCAAGCUUAUCUGCCCAGCUGCCACCGAACUUACAGCUGUAUCCACUGCAGAGCCCACCUGGCCAACCAUGAUGAGCUCAUCUCCAAGUCCUUUCAGGGAAGUCAGGGACGAGCCUACCUCUUCAAUUCCGUGGUGAAUGUGGGCUGCGGCCCUGCUGAGGAGAGGGUCCUACUAACUGGCCUGCAUGCAGUUGCAGACAUCUACUGCGAAAACUGCAAGACCACACUUGGGUGGAAAUAUGAACAUGCCUUUGAGAGCAGUCAGAAAUAUAAGGAAGGAAAAUUUAUUAUUGAGCUGGCCCACAUGAUCAAAGACAAUGGUUGGGAGUAAAGUGGAAACUUUCCAUUUCCUCUUGACUACUAUUUUGUGAAAGAGAUUGUGAAUGUAAUGGAGAUACCACAUCCUGGAUGGCAGUGUUUCUUGAACUUUAACCUCAUAGGCUAGCCACGCUUCAACACUCAAAGGCCUCUGGGCCACCUCCUUGGGUAAGGAGCCCCAUCUAUGUCCUCUUCAUGUACAUGGCUGUUUCUGAAAGUUUGAAUUGUUCUUUUUCUAACUUUGGAAGUUCUAGAAAAAGAAUUAACCAGUUGAUCUACCUGUACCAUCUUUCUACCCUAUGCCUUCGAUACCGUUCAGCUCUGCUUUUUCAUGUUCCUAAAGACCAGAGGCAGGGUUUCUUUCAAAGAUAUUGUAGCUCAUUUUCCCUUUCAAUUCUCAAAGCCACACAUUUGGUUACUUUUUUUUUUUUCCUGCAGUGAAACUACUAAAGGCCUAGUGUCCAUUUAAUAGCCUGCCAGCUAGGCAGGGGGACCACCCUGUGAUCCCACCGCUCAGAUAACUUCUAGUCUUAAAAAUCUUCCAGAAUUAUAAACCAAUUUAUAUGCCAAGAAUGGUUUUCUUUUAUCCAGUUCAAUAACAGAGCCCACCACAAAUAACAUUUUAGGUAAGCUUCUAGAGGAGUGUGUCUAAUGAGCAUCUUGUUUAUUUCAGUCAGUGGAUUCCUUAUCUAGAAAGCAAGUGAGCCAGUAUCUAGAACAGAGUUCCCCAAGGGGCCCAUCGCUGAGGAACCAGCUUGCACGUUUUUGUUAUUUUUUUUUCCUGGGGGGUGUCACCCUCAGCUGUGUCUAGCAGUUUUGUACCGCAGUUGAUGAGUGGCUGGGCCUUGCGAGUAGCUCACUAGAGUGAGUCAACGUUGGGUUUCAUUUUCUACCCUGGAUGUACUUGAAAAAAUGUUUGCCUAUGAGAGGCCAAAACCAACAGGGAAAAAUAACUUCAAAACUUUUGCCACAUUGUUUGAAAAAUUGUAGAAAAGGCUAGCCAAGAGACAGGCCUAAGUGUUGUUUGGAAGGUGUCUGUUUUGCAGGGCAGGGCCCUGCCUGCCUGACACCAUCACAUGGACUGACAUAGAGAGCCCAGAUCCUGGCGCUGUCAGAUCUUCUGUCAUGACCCACCAGCAGAACUGGAGUUCAGAUGAGGCGCAAAUAAAUUCUGGUUUUCAAUGGACUGCCCCUAACUUAGGGCAGGACAGGAAGGGGAGAGGCAAGGAGCUGGGGAGCUACGGCCUCACAACUCUGAAACUACCUGUGAGCAGGAAAGAAGUGGCUUCUAGUUGUCUGGGCUCCCCAAUCCCGCCGCCCCCCCCCAAGUCUAGACCUGGGAACCCAUACAGGCCUUGGGCUUUUGCUCACAAGCUGUUUUUCCUAGUGCUUAUUCCCCGCAGAGGCUGACCUGAGUUACACAGUUGUCUCCCCUGCAGUGUCCUGGAGCAGGCCACAGUUCUCCAGUUCUCCUGCUGCUGGUCUGGGGUCUGAAGGGUGUCCACUCACGACUAGCACUUGACGCAGGAAAGAUGGUGGCUUCCAUCCUGUCUGAAACUCUUAAGGUUUCUUUAGAAAGAGCUCUAGUUGACACCUCCCUUCUGGUCACAUUUCUUGCAAAAACAGCCUCUGAGGACCAAGGGAAACUUGAGGUGUCCCGGCCUGCUGGGGUGCUGAGGGCAGUCUGAGCAUGUCUCCACAGAUGCUCCAUUAAGUUGGAAGAUAAUUUUUUAAGAGUUCUUCAGACACAUUUUUGUAUAUACGAAGGUUCUAUUUAAAGCUUUUCUAUGUUCUGGGCAAGCUUACUGCCCCUUCAACUUGAGCACUUUGGUUUUUGUAUUGUCUUGUGAUGGCAUUGCUUGAAAAAACUUUACUAGUACUUUGAUGACUUGUAUUUUUCUUGGUAAUGAAUUCCAACAAACCUUAUAUCAAAUGUUGUUGUCUUCUGCAAAAUACAAGCUCCUUUUUAAACCAAA